UGCUGAAUGCCACCCCCAUCUGAACGAAGCUUAUCGCCGCACUCGAAGCCCUCCUCCCCGACGAUUCCGCCAGAUAUGAAUACUGGCACCCCGCGCCAGCCGCCGUCGCGGCACAACUUGGCGCCAAUGCGGCGCUUCUUCAACGGCAGUUUCUUCCCUUCUGCCGCAGGGAUGACGAACACAAACACCACCACCACCACGACAACGGCGGAGAGUCCGAGCUCGACGACCUCGGACGAUGAUCGAGAGAGCAUCGGGUCAGUCUCCGUGGGCCCGGCCAACGGCGGGAGGAGCAAUGAUGGGCGGGGAGGGGGCGCGGCGGGAGGAGGGGGUAAGGGAGACGAAGUCGAGAGCCGAGCGCCGGAAGACUGUAAUUGUGCGAUGGUCGAGGGGGUGGAGGCGGCAGAGGCUAUGAAGAGCGGCGCAGUAGAUGCCAGCUUCGAUUUCAAUCGGGGAAUGCUACCCUGCUCGCGCACGAUGACCUGCAGUGUGGAUAUUGCAGACAAAGAGAACUUGGGAGGAGGGGGAAUAGCAUGGGUGGUCAAGGAUGGAAUCAAGGUUGCGGAGAUCCAGGAGCUGAUGAGAUUGGAGAUUGCGGGGGCCACUGAAGCCGGAGGAGAUGGAGGAGCCGCGAGUCCUACCAGUCCUCGAAGCCCGGGGACACCCAGCUUAAGGAGUGCUAAACCCCCUCAGAGUCCACCACAGUCGAAGUCGCACGCCCGAGCUGUCGCUGUGGAUACGCCAAGCUCCGCCCGUGGUCGUUCUCCGGGACACUCUUUCUCGGACGCG